CCGGACGUCUGCAGUCUUUCAGCAGAGCGAACAGCCGACGCGAGUCGCGCAGAAAAGAGAUAAGCCAAGGAUCCGAUUGGUUCCUGUUGCUCUACAAAAAAAAAAAAAAACUCCGACUACCACAUUCCCCGAUGCAAAGAUCUGCUGCGAAGGCGGAACGCCGGUCGCAACGUGGGAGGCAGAGAUUUAAACAGCGUUUUCUCACAAUGUGAAGGUCGCCUGCAGGAUUACUUCCCUAUGCCAAUAUUCCCGGCAGCUCAAAUUCCCCUUUCGGCGCCGAGUGAAGUUUAACUUUCGACAUCAAGCGGACAUGUAUGAUCAAACACUAUAAGAACAGAACAGAGAAAUUCCAAGAAUACCGUAGCGGGGAAAAGCGCCUUUCUGAACUAGGCAUCAAUUACCCGGCCAAGUUCGUGGGACACAUUUUAAUAGCCUCGUCUCCGUAAUGCCGGCAAGAUUCGCUCAUCGUUGUUCCAGGCGUAGUUGCUACCAACAAGGAAAAUAUGUCAGAUAACGGCAGAUUUCACAUCUAAAGGCAACGAACGUGGUAUUAUACGACAAAUAGCCUGCCUUUUUUUCGUGUUAUACCAGAAAACAUCAUCAAGCACGGCUAUUCGCUUAAAUGCUACUUUUCAUGACUGUUGCAGAAUAUGAAGUAACAAGUCUACCGUACGCAGAUGUGGUAACAUAGGAUUUUUUUCCGGCGGUCAUGAAGUUUGUACUUGUGCAUAUUACCGCAUACAAUAGAAGGAAAAUGGGAUUCUUUCGACUCUUUUCACAGAUGUUGCCAAGUGAUGCGCGGUGCCAUCUAAGCUACUACACUCAGCAACAAUGUAGAUAACUUUUGCACUAUGGAUUCUCGGAUCCUCUCAAUUAGAAAUCGCACAUAUUCGGGGACUUUAGCAAGUUAUAAUUUCUUGUUUUUCUCAUUUUGCAAAGGGAAAUUCCUUUCUAUCGUUAUUUUAUUAAAUAAUUUGAGACAAGAAGAAAUGAGCAUCUGACUGAUACAGAACUAUAAAAACGGCAUUUACCUAAAUUUCUUUUUCAUAUUUUCCCCUCUCGCUGAGUUAAAUCUCGUUGGCUCUUAUGGGAAUAAAACACUCCUCCCGCUGUUUGCUUCUAAGGAGAAAAAUGGCGGAGACCGAGAGCUCGGAGCAGCCGCCCGUCAGCGUGGCCCCCUCGCAGUCGGUGCAGCCCGCCGCGCUCCCCAGGCCCGUCCCGUCCGUGCACCACGUGCCCCGGAAGCCCCACACGCCGCACCCCUCCUCCCUGCCCAGCUGCCCCGGCCGGGGCAAGAUGGCCAAGUUCCUCACCCCGGAGGAGAUGACCUCGCGGGACUACUACUUCGACUCCUACGCGCAUUUCGGCAUCCACGAGGAGAUGCUGAAGGACGAGGUGCGGACGCUCACCUACAGGAACUCCAUGUACCACAACAAGCACGUCUUCAAGGACAAGGUGGUCCUGGACGUGGGCAGCGGCACGGGCAUCCUCUCCAUGUUCGCCGCCAAGGCGGGCGCCAAGCACGUGUACGGGAUCGAGUGCUCCAGUAUAUCAGAAUACUCAGAGAAGAUCAUCAAGUCCAACGCCCUGGACAGUGUGAUCACCAUCUUUAAGGGGAAGGUGGAGGAGGUGGAGCUGCCGGUGGAGCAGGUGGACAUCAUCAUAUCGGAGUGGAUGGGCUACUGUCUCUUCUACGAGUCCAUGCUCAACACAGUCAUCUUCGCCAGGGACAAGUGGCUGAAACCCGGAGGACUCAUGUUUCCCGACCGGGCUGCGCUCUACGUGGUGGCCAUCGAGGACAGGCAGUACAAGGACUUCAAAAUCCACUGGUGGGAGAACGUGUACGGCUUUGACAUGACCUGCAUCCGCAACGUGGCCAUCAAAGAGCCUCUGGUGGACAUCGUGGACUCCAAGCAGGUGGUGACCAACUCCUGCCUGAUAAAGGAAGUGGACAUCUACACGGUGAAGCCGGAGGACCUGUCCUUCACCUCGGCCUUCUGCCUGCAGGUCCAGCGCAACGACUACGUGCACGCGCUGGUCACCUACUUCAACAUCGAGUUCACCAAGUGUCACAAGAAGACCGGCUUCUCCACAGCUCCGGACGCCCCCUACACGCACUGGAAGCAGACCGUCUUCUACCUGGAGGAGUACCUCACCGUCCGCAGGGGUGAAGAAAUCGUCGGCAGCAUCUUCAUGAAGCCCAACGAGAAGAACGUGCGUGACCUGGACUUCACCUUCGAGCUGGAUUUCAAAGGGCAGCUGUGCGAAGCCGCCAUUUCCCACGACUACAAGAUGCGCUAAGCGUCCAGCGGGGGGGCGCCACGCGGCAGGGGCGGAGUCUCGGCACCUGCGGCGGGGGGGGCGCAGAGGGGCGGGGUCAACCCGCGUGAUGUCAUCAGCACCGGGCGGGGGUCGAGACCCAACGUCCUUGGCGCCUAGACUUCCCGCCGGCGAGCGAGCACUUUGCACUCCGACUGUUCAGAAUGCGGCUUCGAAUGUCACGAUAACUGAGUGAUGUCGCUUUCCGUGAAGAAUGUUAGUCACGAUAGAUGUGCAGUACGAAACAGGCUUAACUGACUUUUUUGUUGCUGGUUGAGGCUGCGAUGACGGUUAUAGCUCUUCCGAAAUUAAUUGGGGUACACUUGAGUCCCUUAAUGCACUUGUUUAUUGUAGUGUAAGUGUUUAAAAAUUACAUUAAUAAUAACGUUAAUCUAUCGACGACGCCGUUGAUAUUAGUAAGGUAGCGACACAAGAUUUCAAAAUAGUGAAUAUUGGGGCAUUAUUGUUGUCUUCGGGUAGGUCGAAAGCGAGAAUUUCAUUUUGGAGGCUAUUUGCAUGUUCAAUCCUUUGAGUAAAUCUUGAUUUCCCAUUGAUGUACUUUAGGAUAUUAAAGUUUGAAGUUGUAGGCAAUACGGUAAGGAAUCUAAUAAGACGCUCGAGAAACAUUUCCAAAGGGCAACAGAAUUUUCUCUGUAGAAUAAUUUCUCAAACUCUCGACUUCUUUUUCUUUUGUGGGGGGGGGGGGGGUUGGUUUUCGGUUGGUUUAAUCAGUACUGUGUACGCUCUGAGUGUGUGUAAGUGUGCGGUUGCUGCUGGGUGUGCAUUGUAGUGAAUCAGCAUGUAUCAAAGGGUGUUGGCCCAACACUCUGCAGUGUGCGGUGUGGCGUUGAUUAAAGCCGUGUUGUCGAUGGGGUGGGGGGGGGGGAGGCGGCGGGGGGGCGGGGGUUUGUGCACGAAGCCAAGCCGUGACCAUCUACAUGCGUCCGCCACCAGAACGAAUCCACUCACAGAACAGCACACGGCCGCAUUUAACCAUGGGAACUGAAAGAACUACGUCCCCGGAACUGAAAGGACUACAAUCCCAGAACUGGAAGGACUACAAUCCCAGAACUGAAAGGACUAUGACCCCGGAACUGAAAGGACUACAACCCCGGAACUGAAAGGACGAUGGGGAAUGCGCUUACCAAGUCUGCAGAGACGCACAGCCUUGCGGGGCGAACCCUCCCUGUCUCUUCAACUGAGCCCCGCCCUCCCUGGACACUUCCCAUCAUGCAGUGCGCCCCCCCCCCCCGCCCCCCCGUCAGGCCCAGGACCUGAAGUCCGAGCGGCAGCUCUUCACCCGUGCUCUUACAAAAGGUCAUCGCCAAGGCGACGUCAGGAGGCUACCUCCCGUCCAAUCAAGACCUCCUUCACAGCCGCUGUGAAGCACCAUGCACACCAAAGACUCUCUAUUCACAGACAAGACACGCUACUCUCUGUUCCCCUCCCAUCCUCCCCCGUGACUACACCUCUGCCUCCAAAACCAUGAACAUUCACUAGCAGUAAGACAUGGAAUGUACUUUGUUGUACAGAAAGUAUUCCCAAUCAAUACCGCACAAACAACUUCUCCCGCUGAUCGUGAAUAGUCAGUGACAGCCUGCUGUGGGUUCGACAUUAUCCAGUAUUAGAAUAGACAGCACUUCUAGGUGUAAAGUACGGAGAGAACUGUGUCCUGUUUGUAAAUAAGAUGUCUUUGCAUUAGCUUAUAUUUCAAUCAUUUUGUAACAAUGUGUCAAGUUCUGUGCACUUAUGUAUUAAUAGGCUGACUUAUCUGUCUUGAACAAGUACUGUACAUAUACAAAACUGCAAUAUAUUUCACCCAUUUUAUAUAUAAAGGACUAUCUUCAUAUAGGAAUAUAUUGUGUAUAAUAGCAUGCAUAAUUGCGGUGUUGCCUUAGUAUGUUUUUCAACUUGUCACUUCAGUAAGGGUUAUAUUUUUCUCCAAACAAGCAAAAAUACAACAUUGAAAUUUGCACACGUGAAACUUGUAUAUUAAUGCUAUUGUAGACGUAUUUAGUGGGGAGUAAACCUUUUGUGGGAGAUACUCAGCUAUGGUCUAGGUUUUUUUUUUUUUUCCAGGCUAAGAAUUAAUACGAUAAAAGGACAACAUAGGUUAAACAGAAUACAAAGCUGUAAGACUUGAGGACAGCACUCUUCUUGGGAGAUAUUUAUCGAAUCAAGGAACAAAUAUGAUUGUUUUUAGUUAUAUCAAUAAUUAGGAUGAUGAAUCUCAGUGUUCAUAUUCAUUGUGUUGUUCAUUUUUACAUUUAUCAUAAGAUUACUGUCUCUCAGUGAAUAAAUGCAGACAUUAUAAACCUU